AUGGGAAACAUCUUCACUAAUCUCUUCAAAGGCCUCUUUGGCAAGAAGGAAAUGCGAAUUUUAAUGGUUGGUUUGGAUGCAGCUGGCAAGACUACAAUUCUGUAUAAAUUGAAACUUGGAGAAAUUGUUACAACAAUUCCUACAAUUGGGUUCAAUGUUGAAACAGUAGAAUAUAAAAAUAUAUCAUUCACAGUAUGGGAUGUUGGUGGUCAGGACAAAAUACGACCUUUAUGGAGACAUUAUUUCCAGAAUACUCAGGGUCUCAUAUUUGUUGUGGACAGCAAUGACCGCGAGCGGGUAGGUGAGGCUCGAGAAGAGCUAAUGCGAAUGUUGGCCGAGGAUGAAUUGCGAGAUGCCGUCUUGCUUGUUUUUGCUAAUAAACAAGAUCUACCGAAUGCGAUGAAUGCGGCGGAAGUAACUGAUAAGCUUGGUUUGCACACACUUCGCAAUCGCAAUUGGUAUAUCCAAGCAACAUGUGCGACGUCUGGUGAUGGUCUUUAUGAAGGACUUGAUUGGCUGAGCAAUCAGUUGAAGAAUAGAUCCUGA